CAGGAAGUGGGCAUUCCUAUAGAUAUGGUAGCAGGAGUGAGUAUUGGUGCAUUUAUUGGUGCACUUUAUUGCUUGGAGAAGGAUAUUACACGUCUCACGCAGAAGGCUCGUGAAUGGAGUAUGAAAAUGACCAGCAUAUGGCGCAUGGCUUUAGAUCUGACGUACCCAGAAGUUUCCAUGUUUUCUGGUGCUGGCUUCAACAAGCUUAUCCAUGAUGCACUAGGAGACACCAAUAUUGAGGACCUUUGGCUUCCAUAUUUCACUCUCACCACGGAUAUAACAGAUUCUGCUGCUCGUAUCCAUACUCACGGAAGUACUUGGCGGUACGUGCGGGCAUCCAUGUCCCUCUCUGGGUACAUGCCGCCCAUCUGCGAUCCACAUGACGGACACUUGCUACUUGAUGGUGGAUAUGUCAACAACCUGCCAGGUAUAGGAUGUGGUGCUAAGCCAUCAGGAAAUCAUGUUGCUUUCAUUUAGUGAUAAUAAUAAUGACAAUUAUGGCCACUGCACUAGCUGUUCUGUCAGGAUAAGUGCUAGUUAGCAUAAGUAAUAGAUUUAGGUUUCAGUAUCUGAUAUUUUAACUCAGAAAUCAGAGUAAUCUGAUUUGUCUUUUAAGAGAGCAUAUAAAAUCAGGCAGUGUAAUGUAAUAGAUUACUUGUUGCUUAUAUGUUCAGAUUACAAGGGUGAAUCUUUUUGGUCAUUUCAAUACUUUUAACUCGUAUAAAAACUAGAGGAAAGUCCUCAAUUUUCAUGACAGUACAAAUGCAUGAUUAUAUUGUUGUAUUGCAAAUUACAUUAUAUAAAUAACUUCACAUUAAUAAACAUGUCAAUCUUAAUAAUUUGCAAAAAGUAAUAACUAGGUUUUUUAUAUUUUUACCUGCUUUUCUUUACUCUAAAUUUUUUACAUAAAAUUACAGUAUUCAUUGUCUUUUUAUUUCUUCGCUAGUAUAUACAGUAUUACCUCAGUCAGAGGCAUUAAAUAGGAGCUAUAUGUUGACUGUCACAUUUCACAGUAGUUUAUCAUAGUGAAAAUGCAUUGAUAGGGGCACUUAAAAUAAGCAGAGGGUUAUUAUAAUCAAUCUAGCUUGGUAAAGCAAAAAGUAUUAUCCAUUACACAUUUUAUUUUAUAUAUGUAUACGAUAUAUACCGGUAUAUCAGCUGCCAAAGUGCAUAUAUUAAUUUAAUAAGAGCAAGCUGAAAUAUUAAGUGGAAGAUUCUUCAUGGGUACCAUUAUAAGCAUCUAGAACUAAUCUACCUUCAGAAUAGGUAGUGACAUGUGUAAAUUUAAGCCAAGUUGGAAGAAUGCAGGUGUUUACCUGAAAUGUUUUGUGUGUUGCUGUACACAGUGAAAAAUUGUUGUAUAGCCAAUCCAUUUAUGAUAACUUACUUAGUAGUUAAAUUUUUUAUUGCUUGUCCUUAUUUUACAAAUUUUUAGUGGAUGAAAGUUUGUUUAGUUACUGAGACUGAAACGUGGGUUGAUGUAGUGAGGAUUUUUGUUAGAUUGGUUGGUAAAUUUUCUUCUGCUAGAAUAGACAAAUGGUAUUUGGUGUAUGGAAUAGCUUAGUAUUUAGAAACUGAAAGAAUUGGUGGCUGUUGACUAUGGAAACGUAAACUAGAUACAUUACAUUGAGACCAGAAAGCAUGAUGAAGUGUCUUAACUAUUUUCCAUUAAACAGACUGUGCAGAUAACUCAGCAAUAUGCAGAAAUAAAAUAAAGCAGAUGCUUCAUUAUUUUGACCAUAAAGGUGCAGGGAUGUGAUUGAAUAAUGCCAAAUAUGGAUAAUAGUUUUCCCAAGAAAACAAACAAAUUUAUCACUGCAGAUGCAUUUUGUAAUAUAAAACAGAUUUUUGUAUAUUUUGAUAAAAUCAUCUGAAUAUAUAGAAAAUAUAUAAUAUAAAAAAUAGAUAAUAUAAAAACUU